AUGGCAGUCAGUCAGUCAGUCGUUGGUCGUACCAACGCAGAGAAGCCUCACGGUCUUAAGGGUUUCAUUUCCAACCCAUAUGUCUUCUUCACUUGUCUCUUUGCAUCGCUGGGAUGUAUCAUGUACGGAUACGAUCAGGGUGUGAUGGGUCCCAUUCUGGUCAUGGAGAACUUCCAAAACCACUUCCCCUCGUUCACUGGAUCCACCAUCCAGGGUUGGUUGGUGUCGGCCCUUGAGCUUGGUGCCUGGGCUGGUGCUUUGCUCAACGGUUUCCUCGCUGAUCGGAUUUCACGAAAGUACGCCAUGAUGGUUGCCGUCGUCAUCUUCACCCUGGGCACUGGUCUCCAGACCGGUGCACAGAACCCUGCAUACUUCUUCGCCGGCAGAAUCGUCGGUGGUGUUGGUAUUGGUAUGUUCAGUAUGGUUAUUCCACUGUACCAAGCCGAGAUUGCUCCCCCUGAGCUGCGUGGAUCGCUCGUUUCCCUACAGCAGCUGUCUAUCACUAUCGGUACCGCCAUUUCUUUCUGGCUCGACUAUGGUAUGCAGUUCGUCGGCGGCAACACCUGCCGCCCCGAGGGUAUCGCAGACCCUUACCUGGAUGGUGUGUACGAUGCUGCCGGGAACCAUGGCCACACCUGCUUGGGCCAGAAGACCAUCGCAUGGCGACUUCCUUUGGCUUUGCAGAUCAUCCCGGCUUGGAUUCUGUUCUUCGGUCUCUUCUUCUUCCCCUUCUCCCCACGUUGGUUGAUGAUGAAGCACCGCGAUCAGGAAGCCCAGGAGUCCAUCUCUAAGCUGCGUCGUCUGCCUAUCACCGAUCCACUUGUUCGCGCGGAGUACCUGGAGAUCAAGGCUGCUGUCAUGUUCGAUGAAGAGACUGAGAGCGAGGCUGUCGGAGCCGGUGGCGCCUUGGCUCCCUGGAAAGCUCUGUUUGCCCCUAACAUGUUCAAGCGCCUGAUUCUCGGCUCCGGUAUGAUGAUCUUCCAGCAGUUCACUGGUAUCAACGCCGUGCUCUACUAUGCGCCCCAGAUUUUCUCUUCGUUUGGUUUCUCGUCCACGAAGACAACUCUCCUCGCCACUGGUGUGACUGGUAUCCUGCAGAUUCUCUUCACACUUCCCACCGUUCUUUACCUCGACAAGUUUGGCCGCAAGACUUUCCUAAUUGUCGGUGCUGUCGGCAUGUUCAUCUGCCAUAUUGUCGUUGCUAUCGUGGAGGGUAUAUACAAGCCUAAGUGGGACAUGCACGAGGGACUUGCCACAGCGCAAGGCUGGGUCGCGAUUGUUUUCAUCUGGCUUUUCGCUAUUAACUUUGCUUACUCUUGGGGACCGGUCGCUUGGGUAUUGGCUCAGGAAAUUUUCCCCAACAGUCAGCGUUCUCGUGGUGUCUCGAUCGUCGCUUCCACCAACUGGAUGUUCAACUUCAUCAUCGGUCUUACCACCAAGGAUAUGCUGGACAACAUGAAGUAUGGUACCUAUAUCUUCUUCGCCAUCUUCAGUGCUUUGGGUGGUCUGUUUAUUUGGAAGUUUGCCCCUGAGACAAAGGACAAGACACUUGAGGAGUUGGAUGUCUUCUUUGGUGGCGAUGAGAACAGCAUUGCUGAAGCAGAUCGCCUGCGCAUGAUGCGGAUCAACGAGAGCCUUGGUCUUACCGGUGUUGAAGUGCUGGAGGAUCUCAAGACUGAGAAGAACGUUGAUACCCACCACGUCGAGGUUGAGUCUACGGCUUGA